AUGCUUGUCCGCCGGACCGCCAUUCGACAGCCUGUACCUGCUCGCUGCCUCGUAUCGUCUCGACCCCUCCUCGGGUCUGCCUCGUCAAGAUGCUCCGUUGCCCUCUUAGCUGAGAGCCGCCGGGUUCUGACCACAAGCAACGGCGGCCCGCGGCCUGGGAGAAAGACUGCUCCGCCCAAGGGCCCGGACAGCUUCGAGCGAAACAUAGCCACUUCCGCCGGCAGCCCUCAAGUCACAGGGCAUGAUGUACCCUUCCGGGGUCUACCGGCCGGGCUAGCCCGCUCAGCCUACCGGUCAGGCGACGAUGCGCCGAAACAACCCCUCUACUUGCUCCGGCCCUUCGCCCCGACCGACCCGCUGGUGCUUCAAGCACAGAAAUCUGCCCCGCCACGACAACGCGUCAACCCGAACGGCAUUCCCGGCGACUACGACGAGAUGGUCGCCGUGUUCGAGGCCUGCCUUCAGGUCGGCAGACUGGACCGCGCCUCCCUGGUGCUCGCCCGGCUCAACAGGAUCAACCUGGUUGACCCGGAACAAGUCAUCAAACUGCACAACCAGUAUCUAAAGGCCCGCAUCGCCCAGCUCUCGGAAGAGCCCGAGAACAAGGAGCUCGGGGAUGGACUCCACAAGUGGUUCGAGAAGCAGAUCCGCAGCCCCGAGUUGCCGUUGAAGCCUAUCACGGUUGCCUACAUGCUCAAGGCGACUCUGCUCGCUUCCGAGGGCCCCCGCCGGAAGGUGUUGUUACAACGCUACAUCGAACUGCUAGAGAAGAACAGCCAUUCGGAACUUGUCGAUCUCGGCAACGUUCUCAGCGAUGAAGAUCUGGCGGCUCUCUCCGCCGAUUUUCCAUCCCUGGACGUCCCUGACUUGGGUGACCGAGACGGCGACCGAGACGGUGACCGAGAUGGUCCCAUCCCCGGCCUUGACGGCCUGAAAGCAGGUGAUCAACAGGUCCGCACACCCGAAGUUCUCAGCACCCCACAAAAGGGCCUGGGCCUCAAGUCUCUCAAAACGGCUCUCUCCCUGCUCUCCGAGCUGCCCCCGGGCCUGAACAUUGCUUCGCUCUCCAACUCGCAGCGGCGCGAGGUCCAGGCCCGCUUGGAGAGGGACUGCGUGGAUGCGGCCCUAGCCCGGUGGCGGGACGAGAACGAGGCACUCAUGAAAAUGGGCUUGAACUCGCAGUUGUCCGAUCCUUCCCUCAACUCCAAAUUGUUCCAGUGGCAUCAAGCCCUGGAGGCCAGGUUGACCCACGAGCAAGAACAAGUCGACGUCUCCGAAAACCUCGCCAAAAAGACCGACACAGACAUAGACCGCUGCAUUUACGGCCCCCAUCUGCUCCAGGCCCCGGCCAGCCGUCUGGCGGCCGUCACCAUCCUCAGCAUGCUCAGCACCAUCGCCAUGAACGGUGGCGAGAAAGGCGUGCCCGUGGCCGGUCUGGUGCAGAACCUGGCCAAGAUUGCCGAGGAAGACAUUCGCACCUACAUCAUGACCAAGAACCUUCGCUCAAGUAAGUUGAUGGCGCGCUGGCAGCGGUCCGCUCGGCGAAGAAUCCGCUAUAACCGCCGCACGCCUCCGUCGACCGUACCGCUGACCACCCCGCCUGACACAGCUGCUGCAGCGAAGAAAUCCGGUCUCGAUAUCGAACCCCCCGAGACCAACGAAACCCGGUGGCCCAUCACCAUCCGUACCAAGGUCGGCGCCGUCCUGCUGAGCGCCCUCAUCGAGACCGCCAAGGUCGUGGCUGUCGGGCAGCACCCCGAGACAAAGGAAAGAAUCACCCAGUUGCAGGCCGCCUUUACGCACGCCGUCCAGCUCAAGAGGGGGAGGAAGACGGGCGUGAUCCUGCCGAACCGCCACCUGGUCGACCUCAUGAAGCGAGAACCCCGCGGCGAGGCACUGGCCCGCCACUUGCCCAUGGUCGUCGAGCCCGAGCCGUGGACCAAAUUCGACAAAGGCGGCUUCGUUUCGUCCAUUACCCCCAUGAUCCGGCUCAAGAACAACGAGAUCGACCAGCGCAUCUACGCCGAGGCCGCCAUCGACCGCGGCGACAUGGAGCAGAUGAUGCGCGGGCUGGACGUGCUGGGCAAGACGGCCUGGAAGAUCAACCACUCCGUCUUCAACGUCAUGCUGGAGGCCUGGAACACGGGCGAGGAGUUUGCGAACCUGCCAGCCCUGAACCCGCAGAUCCCGAUCCCGCCGGAGCCCGACUCGACCGACGACCCGAUGAAGAAGCGGCACUGGCUCAAGGCUGUCAAGGCCGCCGAGAGCGAGAAGAUCGGCCUGCACUCGGUGCGCUGCUUCAUGAACUUCCAGCUCGAGAUUGCGCGGGCCUUCCGCGACCAGACCUUUUACUUCCCCCACAACAUCGACUUCCGCGGACGCGCGUACCCGAUGCCCACCUACCUCAACCACAUGGGUGCCGACCACAUGCGUGGCCUGCUGCUCUUCGCCAACGGCAAACCGCUCGGCGAAGCCGGGCUCAAGUGGCUCAAGGUGCACUUGUCCAACGUGUACGGCUUCGACAAGGCGAGCCUGAAGGAGCGCGAGGACUUUGCGGUCGAGCACAUGGAGGACAUCUUCGAUGCGGCCGACAACCCGCUCACGGGCAAGAAGUGGUGGCUCGAGGCCGAGGACCCCUGGCAAUGCCUGGCCACCUGCUUCGAGCUGAAAGCCGCCCUGACGUCGCCGGACCCGGCCGCGUACGUCUGCCACCUGCCGGUGCAUCAGGACGGCACCUGCAACGGGCUGCAACACUACGCCGCGCUCGGCGGUGACACGUGGGGUGCCACGCAGGUGAACCUGCUGCCGGGCGACCGGCCGGCCGAUGUCUACGCGGCUGUGGCCGAGCUCGUGCAAAAGGGCAUCGAGAAGGACAAGGCCGCGGGCCACCAGCUUGCGGCCUUUUUGGAUGGCAAAAUCACGCGCAAGGUCGUCAAGCAGCCCGUCAUGACCAACGUGUACGGGGUGACGUUUAUGGGCGCCAAGAAGCAGCUGCAGCGGCAGUUGGAAGACCUGUACCCCACGCUGGCGACCGACACCAACACCCCCUGGGGCAUCUUCUCGACCUACCUGGCCGGCAAGGUGUUCCUGGCCAUGUCGACCAUGUUCCGCGGCGCCCACGACAUCCAGCACUGGCUCGGCGAGAUCGGCGGGCGGGUGUGCCGCGCCAUCACGCAGGAACAGCUCGACCGCAUCAUCGACGCGCUGGGCGACGACGCGCGUUUCGGCAAGUCGCGUAAAACCUACGUCAGGAGGGUCGCGCUCAAAAACCCCGACAGGGCGGCCGAGAAGGAGCUGCAGGCCCAGUUCCGGAACACCGUCGUCUGGACCACCCCGCUGCGCAUGCCCGUCGUCCAGCCCUACCGCAAGAGCGGCACCCGCCUGGUGUCGACCUGCCUGCAGGAUCUGGUCCUGAGCAACGUCGACCGCGACGACCCGGUCAACCGCCGCAAGCAGCUCCAGGCCUUCCCCCCCAACUUCAUCCACUCCCUCGACGCAAGCCACAUGAUGCUGUCGGCCCUCGAGUGCAGCGCCGCCGGCCUCACCUUUGCCGCCGUGCACGACUCGUUCUGGACCCACGCCGGCGACAUCGACCGCAUGAACACGGUGCUCCGCGACUGCUUCAUCCGCAUCCACAAGGAGGACGUCAUCGGCCGCCUCAAGGCCGAGUUCGAAGCCCGGUACCGCGGCGCCAUCUACCGCGCAAGCGUCGCCGCCAAGUCCCCAACGGGCCGCCUCAUCACCGAGCACCGCAAGCUCAACAAGAAGACGGCGCGCGAAGAGCUCAUCGACGAGCGCUGCCGGCAGAAACUCCUGAGCUCGGACGACCCGGAGGAGGUCAAGAAGGGGAAAGCCAUGGUCACGCCCGCCAGCAUCUUUGACGCGCACGCCACGCCGGACAUGCUUCUUAACGAGGUGCAGCCGAGCGAUUUGUUGGCUGAUGCCGAUGCCGAGACGCUGGCCGAAGCCGAUACUGAAACCUCAGCGGAAGCCGGCGCCGAAGCAGAAGCCGACCAAACCAAAGCAGACGGCGACAUACGCAAGAGUUCCGACUACUUCUCAACAAUGCUCGACAAGAAGAAAUCUCCCAAGACCGUCCGGAAGCUCGAACUGUGGAUGCCCAUGACCUUCCCGGAGAUCCCGGCCAAGGGCGACUUUGACGUGACUAAGCUUAAGGAGAGCAAGUACUUUUUCUCUUAG